AUGCUGUCUUUUUUUUAUCCUUCGCAGAUUUUGGCGUGAAAUGGCCGACUGCGCAAACGGCAUCUCGAAUCUGUUAGGAAGGAGAUUGCGUCGCUUGCUGGUUUUCGUGUGAGCCGCCCAGUAUUUGAACGCAAGGGCUGAAGACCUUGCCUCCGCGCCCGGACCUGUCAUGGAUGAAGAGACUCAGCACAGCCUUGAAUGCAUCCAAGCCAAUCAGAUCUUCCCCAGGAAGCAGCUCAUCCGCGAAGAUGAUGGACUGCAGGUGCCGUUCCUUGAACUCCACGGCGAAAGCACCGAAUAUGUAGGCCGCGCCGAGGAGGCUGUCAUUGCGCUUUCCAACUACAGGCUCCACAUCAAAUUCAAGGAAUCCCUCGUGAACAGCAUCUAUAAACCGGCUGUUUGCAAGAUCUCAGUCCCAUUGCAGCUCAUAGAAAGUGUUGAAUGCCGGGACAUAUUUCAGCUCCACUUGACAUGUAAAGAUUGCAAAAUUAUCAGGUGCCAGUUCUCGACCUUUGAGCAGUGCCAGGGUUGGCUGAAGCGCUUGACCCACGCCAUCCGCCCACCGUCUAAGAUAGAGGACCUCUUUUCGUUCGCGUACCACGCCUGGUGCAUGGAGGUCUACGCCAGCGAGAAGGAGCAGCACGGUGACCUCUGCCGGCCAGGCGAACAUGUGAGUUCGCGGUUCAAAAACGAGGUCGAGCGCAUGGGGUUCGACAUGAACAACGCCUGGCGCAUCUCCAACAUCAACGAAAAGUACAAGUUGUGCGGCAGCUACCCUCAGGAGCUCAUCGUUCCCGCGUGGAUCACGGACAAGGAGCUGGAGAGUGUCGCGGGUUUCCGGUCGUGGAAGCGCAUCCCCGCCGUCGUAUACAGGCACCAGGGCAACGGGGCGGUCAUCUCCCGCUGCGGCCAGCCGGAGGUCAGCUGGUGGGGCUGGAGGAACGCGGACGAUGAACACCUGGUCCAGUCGGUGGCCAAAGCCUGCGCCUCGGACUCGAAGUCCAGUGGCCACAAGAUGGCGAACGGACACUGCACCAGGGACCUCUCCAAUGGAGGGGACUUCUCCGACGCGGAUUUCGAUUCCUCCAUCUCCAAUGCUUCUGGCGCGGAAAGCUUAGCGACGCAGCCUCAGAAGCUCCUGAUCUUGGACGCCCGCUCCUACGCUGCCGCGGUUGCCAACAGGGCCAAAGGGGGCGGCUGCGAAUGCCCAGAGUAUUACCCCAACUGCGAAGUGGUCUUCAUGGGGAUGGCCAACAUCCACUCCAUUCGGAAGAGCUUCCAGUCGCUGCGCCUGCUCUGCACGCAAACACCGGACCCCACCAACUGGCUGUCGGCGCUGGAGAGCACAAAAUGGCUGCAGCACCUGUCUGUCCUGCUGAAGUCGGCGCUGCUGGUGGUCCACGCCGUGGACAGGGACCAGCGUCCGGUCUUGGUCCACUGUUCAGAUGGAUGGGACCGGACGCCGCAGAUUGUGGCCCUGGCCAAACUGCUCCUGGACCCUUACUACCGGACCAUAGAGGGCUUCCAGGUGCUGGUGGAGAUGGAGUGGCUGGACUUCGGACACAAGUUCGCCGACCGCUGCGGCCACGGCGAGAACGCGGACGACCCGAAUGAGCGCUGCCCGGUCUUCCUCCAGUGGCUGGACUGCGUCCACCAGCUCCAGCGCCAGUUCCCUUGCUCUUUCGAGUUCAAUGAAGCAUUCCUCGUCAAGCUGGUACAACACACUUACUCCUGCCUCUUCGGUACAUUCCUCUGCAACAACGCGAAGGAGAGGGGCGAGAAACACACGCAGGAGAGGACCUGCUCCGUCUGGUCACUGCUCCGUGCCGGGAACAAAGCCUUCAAGAACCUCCUCUACUCUGCGCAGUCCGAAUCUGUGCUGUUUCCGGUGUGCCACGUGCGAAACCUCAUGCUCUGGAGCGCCGUCUACCUUCCAUGUUCGUCUCCAUCAACGCCGACGGAGGACCCCUGUGCUCCUUAUCCGCUUCCUGGUUCCAGCCCCGAAGACCCGCCUCUGGGGAGGCUUCCGAAGACGCGCUCCUUCGACAAUCUGACCACAGCGUGUGAUGGCGGCAUCGCAGCAGUGACCGCCAACCGGCGCAGCAGUGACCCCAGCCUCAACGAGAAAUGGCAGGAGCACCGCCGCUCCCUCGAACUCGGUGUCUUGGGGUGCGACAACCCCUUUGAUGGGGAAGGACUGGUCAAGCCCGGCCGCACGCCGGCCGGAGUGGAGCUGUCGGUGGCGGUGUCCGAGGGGCAGAUGGAGAACAUCUUGCAGGAGGCGAGCAAAGAAGAUGGCGGUGCAGAGGACGGCGCCAAGGCUGUGCAGGGAGCGGUGGAUGGCGAAGAAGAGGUUGCCGGGGAGAAGUCUGCCGAGGGGACGGUCAGCGAGAAGAUGGAGAUGGACGCGGACACCUUGCUGGAUAGUCUGGUCGCUGACCAAUACAAAGGACAGGAGGACAUCUUGGGUCUCCAUAACCAGACGCCGCCACCUCCGGUGCAAGAACGGCAGCCGCCAUUUUCGGAGGAAGGUAUGAGCACAUUUUGCGCCGAUGCUGGACUGCCGUUUCCCGUCUUGCCCGAUGCGGCCGCAUCCAACAUGGAGAGCUCAACCGAAACCGUAACCGAAAACACCUCCUCUUGCCGUCGGUUCCACCUCGCACCGGACAACUGCGUGGCAGAGGGGCUCUUCACGCUGGACGAGGGUGAGGACUCGCUAGAUCUGCACAAAAUGGCCGCCGCCCUAAACAGGACUUCGAAGGGGCGUGACCCGCCGUGCGCCUUGCCCUUGGCGGACUACAAAGAGGCCACGUGCGAAGGUGAGAACAAAAUGGCAGAAACGCCCGCCGGGUUCGCAGAGGCCCAAGAACACCCGAUGGCGAACGGUGAAGGCGCGGACAGAGAGGGUGGGAGGGCCAAGGCGAUGCCGCUUGGCCGGCCAAAGGGUGGACAUGGCAUCCCGGGACAGCAGCCAGCGUCUGGCGGUCAAGAGCCGCUGCCACCUGCGCGGAGCCACCUGGACGACGACGGGAUGCCAGUGUACGCCGACGUCAUCCAGCAGCGACUGCGCCAAAUCGAGAGCGGUCACCAACAGGAAGUGGAGACGCUGAAGAAGCAGCUACAGGAGCUGAGGAGCCGCCUGGAGAGCCAGUGCCUCAACAGCGCCAUCCGCUGCAACGGCGAAUACGGGGAUGAAGUGGUAAGCGACCACGGAGGACACGCACCGGAAAGGCCUAGAGAUUCCUAGAGAGGACACUCCACUAGGCCCCUGAAGCUCCUCCAGUGCAACUCUGUGGUUAGUGUCUGACUACAGAAUUGCACUGGAGGACCUAGAGAUUCCUAG